GUCAGGUGACCGGAGCGCAGUUAGUCAGGGAGAGUGGUCCGCCGCCAUCAUGUACCGAACUCCGAUGCGGCGCGGCUUUUCCCCGGACUCCCCCCGGGACGUCUACCGGAAGUCCCCUACCUCUCCCCCCCACCAUGGCCGGUCCCGACGCUCUUGGUCCCGCUCCCCUGAUAGGACAAAGCACUCUCCGCCUAGGAGAGGCCGAUCCCCUGCCAGAAACAGAUCCCGAUCACGGGGCCGGUCCCGGUCUAGGCCUGGAGCCUCCCACCGCUCCAAAUCCCGGCCCCGGUCCAAAUCCCGACCCCGCUCAAAAUCCCGGCCCCGCUCCCCAUCGCCCUACUCCAAGCGCUCGGGGGAGGACUAUACGUAUGAGGGGCGUGACAAGCGCCGAUACUCACCCAGCUACAGGGGCAGGUCACCGCCAGGGUCCCGCUCCCCAGACCGCCAACCCAGAUCGGGCGGAACGAAGGAUUGGCGUUCUGGGGAUUCUCAGGGGCAUUCUGGAUACGCCCGCGCCAGCCCGCGUCCUACAGAAGAGCCUCUGCCCAUGCCCAAAAAAUCCAUUUUAAAGAAGCGCAGUGAUGUGGAAGCCGCCAGCAAGGAGAUGUCUCCUCAGAUUCUUCGGCCUUGCCAUGCGGUUAGGAUCAUAGACGUCAUCACAUUUAAUACUUUCUGGUCUGUAGGAACGCCUGUGCUGAAGUGGUGGCACCAGGGUCCUGGCAACAGACUCCUGGUUGCUAUAGCAACAGGGAGUUUGUAUAUCUCUGCAAAGCCGGCUGUUUGUAUAUGUCUGUCGGAGGUGAUUCGGGUGGCUCUGAAGCCGCCUGCUGACUUCCACUGCCUACAAAGGAUGCCACCUCCUCCUGGGCACCCGGGAAGCUCAUGGCGGGGGGUCGGUUGGGAGAGCGGAGAGCUAUCGGCAAACAUCUGUCCACUGAUCGUCCCUGUGGAGGAUGAAAUCGGAAGCAAAACCGUUUCAAAGCUUCAUUCCCCGGUCGCUGUGGCCGAGGAUGACGCUAAUCGAUUGCGAUCUGUGCCUGAUUUGCACGGAAAUGCAUGUGUGAAAACGCCAAUUGCGCCGCACAUCUAA